AGCGGGGCGCGAUGAGCGCGGGCAGCGGAGCCGCCGCCGCGGCCGGGACCGCCACCUCCGCCCUCUGCCUCCUCCUCUCCCUCACCGCCGUGGCCGUCUCCCUGCUGCUGGGCGCCAAGACGGCGGAGCUGCAGGGCCGGUUGGCCGCGCUGGAGGAGCGGGGCGCCGCCGGACACGGGCCGCUGCUGGACGCGCUGCAGCCACGCGUGGAGCGGAUCUUCCGCGAGAAGCUGGGUGAAGGACUGGCGAAGCUGCGGACGGCGAGAGAGGCUCCGUCAGACUGCAUGUGCCCCCCAGGCCCUCCAGGGAGACGAGGGAAGCCUGGCCGGCGUGGAGAACCCGGACCUGCUGGGCAGUCAGGACGUGAUGGUUACCCGGGGCCUCUUGGCUUGGAUGGCAAACCAGGACCUCCAGGACCAAAGGGGGAAAAGGGUGAAGCAGGGGACAUCGGCCCGAGGAUGGUUUUUCCCCGGCUCAAUCAUGGAUUUCUGGCUAACGAUCAGCUUGCUUUUAGCCGGCGAGUGCUCAAGGGCGAUCAAGGUCGAGAUGGAGCCACUGGCCCCCCUGGUCCACCAGGACCCCCAGGUGCCCGGGGGCCUCCUGGUGACACAGGAAAAGAUGGCCCAAGAGGACCUCCAGGCCCCCCUGGUUUCAAAGGCGAGCCGGGAGAGGACGGCCUCGUGGGUGCCAGGGGACCUCCAGGACUGAAGGGGGAGCCUGGCAUCCAAGGGAAAAAGGGUGAUGAUGGGAUCCCCGGAGAACCAGGACUUAUGGGCCCAAAGGGAGAAAAAGGAAGCGUGGGUCCCAAGGGAGAGAACGGCACAGAGGGCUUGCCAGGACCCAAGGGUGAAGCUGGUGAGAAGGGAGGAAUCGGCUCCAUCGGACCCCGGGGUCCCCCCGGCCUGAAAGGGGAACAGGGUGACACCGUAGUGAUCGACUACGACGGCCGAAUCCUGGAUGCCCUCAAGGGUUCGCCGGGUCCCCCAGGGCCACCGGGCCCCCAGGGCGCUCCAGGUCCCAAGGGAGAGCUGGGUUUGCCGGGUCCACCUGGGCUGGAUGGUGAAAAGGGUCCCAAAGGAGCGAAGGGGGACCAGGGCAGCGUGGGGAUCACGGGACAGAAGGGAGAGACGGGAGAAAUGGGCUUAUCGGGCCCCCCGGGACCAGAAGGGCCAAAAGGAGACAAAGGAGAAAAAGGAGACACUGGGUCACCGUGUUUGCAGAAUAAUCACAUCAUUCCUGAGCCCGGACCCCCCGGAUUACCCGGCCCUAUGGGUCCUCCAGGAAUCCAGGGGCCUAAAGGCUUGGACGGUGCAAAGGGAGAAAAAGGUGACAGUGGUGAGAAGGGGGACCACGGCGACCCUGGACCUGCUGGUCUCCCUGGUGCUCCUGGGCUCAUCGGUUUACCCGGCACCAAAGGAGAGAAGGGAAAGCCGGGGGAGCCAGGAUUGGAUGGUUUCCCAGGUCUCAGAGGAGAGAAAGGAGAGAGAAGCGAAAGGGGCGAGAAGGGCGAGCGAGGAAUACCAGGGAGAAAAGGAGCCAAAGGGCAGAAGGGGGAACCGGGCCCUCCUGGACUGGAUCAGCCUUGUCCCGUGGGAGAUGGGAGCGUGGCAGGCAGCAAAGGGGACCCAGGUGUACCAGCCCUGGUGGGGCUGAGCAUGCCCUGCCCGUUGGGACCAGACGGACUGCCAGUAGCAGGAUGUUGGCAUAAGUGAUGUCUAAGCAUGAAGCACAAUGUGUAAAUAAUGUGAUAUAUUUGGAUCUUUUUAAUUUUUGUAUAAAAAAAGGAAAAAAAAAAACUUUCAACAGUAAUAUAUUGACCUUUUUUUAUACUGGAUUCUGUCAUUUAUGGACUUUGAAAAUAUUGUAAAGCUCCCAAACCCGUAAGAUACGCAUGGUAACAUCAGGAUUUGAUAAAGGUACCAC